CGGAAACGGUGGGCCUGAGAAGUUCCUUGUGACACACUAAUCCGAGCUUGCUGACCUGACUACACCUCCAAAGGAGGCAGCUUCCAGAGCGCCAGAACAAUUCCAGCAGGCACCGGGUAGCCCCAAGAAACUACUGUCAGUGUCACUGUGAUCCUGACUUCCUUGGCUGCUGGGGACAGGCCACCUGGAGAGGCCAGGGCAGAGCAAACAGGUUCUUUCUCUCCUGUCAGUGUCUUCAAGAGACAAUAUGUCAGAGGGGGUGGGCACAUUCCGGAUGGUCCCCGAAGAGGAGCAGGAGCUCCGGGCACAGCUGGAGCAGCUCACAACCAAGGACCAUGGUCCUGUCUUUGGCCCCUGCAGCCAGCUGCCCCGACACACUUUGCAGAAGGCCAAGGAUGAGCUGAAUGAAAAGGAGGAGACCCGGGACGAGGUGGUGAGGGAGCUUCAGGAGCUGGUACAGGCACAGGCCGCUUCUGGGGAGGAGCUGGCCCUGGCGGUGGCUGAGAGGGUACAGGCCUGGGACAGUGCCUUCCUCUUGCGCUUCAUCCGUGCCCGCAAGUUUGACGUGGGCCGUGCUUAUGAGCUGCUUAAAGGCUAUGUGAACUUCCGGCUCCAGUACCCCGAGCUCUUCGAUAGCCUAUCCAUGGAGGCCAUCCGCUGCACCAUUGAGGCAGGUUACCCCGGCGUCCUUUCCAGUCGCGACAAGUAUGGCCGAGUGGUUAUGGUAUUCAACAUUGAGAACUGGCACUGUGAAGAAGUCACCUUUGAUGAGAUCUUGCAGGCAUAUUGUUUCAUUUUGGAGAAACUGCUGGAGAACGAGGAAACCCAAAUCAAUGGCUUCUGCAUUGUUGAGAAUUUUAAGGGCUUUACCAUGCAGCAGGCAGCCGGGCUCCGCCCGUCGGAUCUCAAGAAGAUGGUGGACAUGCUCCAGGAUUCAUUCCCAGCCAGGUUCAAAGCUAUCCACUUCAUCCACCAGCCAUGGUAUUUCACCACCACCUAUAAUGUGGUCAAGCCCUUCCUGAAGAACAAGUUGCUACAGAGGGUCUUUGUUCAUGGCGAUGACCUCGAAGGCUUCUUCCAGGAGAUUGAUGAGGACAUCUUGCCUGCUGACUUUGGGGGCACACUGCCCAAGUACGAUGGCAAGGUUGUUGCGGAGCAGCUCUUUGGCCCGAGGGUCCAAUUUGAGAACACAGCCUUGUGAGGAGAUGCCCUGUUGUAGGACCUGUCCUAGCACCCUGGCCCUUCCUCGGCAUUCCUGAACCCAAGACUGGGAACAGGAAUGCCUGACGUGACUGCUGUCCCCAGGCCUCCCUAGGCUUAGGAACGCUCUAUUGGCACCUCAUCCCAAACUGACAUAGAGGGUAGUGAGGCAAGGGAAUGC